CGCUCGGCCAUGGUCACCAGCAUGGCCUCGAUCCUGGACGGCGGCGACUACCGACCUGAGCUCUCCAUCCCGCUGCACCACGCCAUGAGCAUGUCCUGCGACUCGUCCCCGCCCGGCAUGGGCAUGAGCAACACCUACACCACGCUGACGCCGCUCCAGCCGCUGCCGCCCAUCUCCACCGUGUCGGACAAGUUCCAUCACCCGCACCCGCACCACCAUCCCCACCACCACCACCACCACCACCACCAGCGCCUGUCGGGCAACGUCAGCGGUAGCUUCACCCUGAUGCGCGACGAACGCGGGCUCCCGGCCAUGAACAACCUCUACAGCCCCUACAAGGAGAUGCCGGGCAUGGGCCAGAGCCUGUCCCCGCUGGCUGCCACGCCGCUGGGCAACGGGCUGGGCGGCCUGCACAACGCGCAGCAGAGCCUGCCCAACUAUGGGCCUCCGGGCCACGACAAGAUGCUCAGCCCCAACUUCGAGGCGCACCACACUGCCAUGCUGACCCGCGGCGAGCAGCACCUGUCCCGUGGCCUGGGCACCCCGCCCGCGGCCAUGAUGUCGCACCUCAACGGCCUGCACCACCCGGGCCACGCUCAAUCCCACGGGCCGGUGCUGGCGCCCAGUCGUGAGCGGCCGCCCUCGUCUUCAUCGGGCUCGCAGGUGGCCACGUCGGGCCAGCUGGAAGAGAUCAACACCAAGGAGGUGGCCCAGCGCAUCACCGCCGAGCUGAAGCGCUACAGCAUCCCGCAGGCCAUCUUCGCGCAGAGGGUGCUGUGCCGCUCUCAGGGGACUCUCUCCGACCUGCUCCGGAACCCCAAACCGUGGAGUAAACUCAAAUCUGGCAGGGAGACCUUCCGCAGGAUGUGGAAGUGGCUACAGGAGCCGGAGUUCCAGCGCAUGUCCGCUUUACGCCUGGCAGCAUGCAAACGCAAAGAGCAAGAACCAAACAAAGACCGGAACAAUUCCCAGAAGAAGUCCCGCCUGGUCUUCACCGACCUCCAACGCCGAACCCUCUUUGCCAUCUUCAAGGAAAACAAGCGCCCGUCCAAAGAAAUGCAGAUCACCAUUUCCCAGCAGCUCGGCCUGGAGCUCACCACCGUCAGCAACUUCUUCAUGAACGCCCGGCGCCGCAGCCUGGAGAAGUGGCAGGAUGACCUGAGCGCAGGCGGCUCCUCCGCCACCUCCAGCACUUGCACCAAAGCGUGAUGGGGCAACUCCCGUCGGGCACAAGCCGCCUCCGAGUGAGGACGCCAGAUCCCAAACGGAAGCGCAGAGGAAACCACAACACCGGCUUCUUAGCUGGGGCCCUUCACUGGUGAUUGGAAAGCACAAUUCUCGUACCCAGAAGCUUCUGUUCUCGCUGUAAUCAUAGGCCAGGUGUUCUUCUUUGGUUGUUGGUUUUCAUGGCGAUGGAGUCCAAGUGCAGGCUGAAAAGUAAUCUCUGAACCAGACACUGUCCUCUGAGCAUGCUAAGCAUUCCAGAAAGCCAAAUGGGGCCUUUUUGUAGGGAGCUGCACCAACCAAACUGAUGUCAACCAAACUCAGGAUUGCUUACCAGGUCAGCAGUCCCAGUCUGAGUCUGGUCCACCUCUUGCCAUCAGAAUUCCCAUAAGUGGCAGUGAAGGCUUGACCAGUGUAUGGAUUCUGAGUCGGUAUAUAGUAAGAGAAGAAUCUAGCAGCAAGAAUGACUUCAUUUGCUUUCCCUGUGCUUAGCACCGUCAUACCCCAACCCACCCAUGCUCACAGCCAUAACCACACACAACUAUCAAAUGAUAAUUCCUGAGCACAAAUUUUUAAAAUGGAAGCUAAAAAUAACACACACACCCCCAUCCUACCCCAAACCCAAGGACCUGUUCUUCCAACUCAGGCAUCUUUUCAUUGAAUGGUUUGCAGAGCUUUUAGGUUGAUCCAGCUUUACGACGUCCUGUUCCUUAACUCCUGGAUAUCUCAUGUGGUCUCGGAUCUGCCAAAAAAAAAAAAAUUAAACAAAACAGCAAAAACCACCAGAUCGGUUCACUUGAGCGUAAUGUAUCAAGCACAAGGAAGACAGACAGAAGCGGCAGCGACGCUGGGGUCCCCACGUCUGCAUCUCCAGGGGGCCGCUGCUGGAUUGCGAAGCCAUACAGGGACUCGUGAGGAAUAUGGCUUCAAGCACAUUUUUGCAGUUUGCUACAAAUCCCGUGUUUGUGCAUCAUGCAGACGCACCACUCAGGAGGCCGGCUCAGCUGCGACGGUACACAGAGCCAGUGCAGCGUUGUGAAAGAUCUAGAUUCUUUUUAGA